GCGGCGGCGCAGGCGCAGAAGGCGCAUCCAAGAUGGCGCUGCUCAGGCAGGCUUACAGCGCGCUCUUCCGCCGCACCUCCACUUUCGCCCUCACCGUCGUGCUGGGCGCCGUGCUGUUCGAACGCGCCUUCGAUCAGGGCGCGGACGCCAUCUUCGAACACCUCAAUGAAGGGAAACUGUGGAAACACAUCAAGCACAAAUAUGAAGCAAGCCAAGACUGAAAUGUUCAGCAGCAAGAUCCAGUCUGGGGUGGCAAAAGACACUGCAGAGAAGGAUUCAGUCUCCUGAAACAGGUUAUAUUGAAAUGGAAUUGGGUCCCUGACUGAUUCCGAGCCAGAUUAUAUCAGCCACCUACUGAUAUGAUGUCAACCAAGAUGGACUCAACGAGUUCUGCUGCUGUAUUGAAACUUGCUGUGUUAAAAUAAAACAAAAAUGCUUGACCCAUG